GCUGGCUGUCACGGAACCCGAUGUGGUUACAGCCACGGGGGGGUCGGUGCAGCUCAUACAGCCGUGUAACCUGGUACUGCAGGAGGUUCUAUACGGUCAACCGCUGCAGCCCUCAAGGCCGGCUUGUAGACGCUGGCCGGGCACAGCUGGUCAGCGACGAGGGCCCCGCCCUGACAGGAACACCCGACUGCACAACAUCCUGGCGUCCAGCCUCGGCUCCUCGCCUCGCGGCUGUGAUGGAGCUGGCACGGAGUGGCAGAGGCUUGGGGUGGUCGGUCUUUUUGGGACAAACAAAAGACGAUUCCUCCCCUCAACAGGAAGGAAGGUUAAAGGAUUGUUUCGUUUCCAGCAGCAGCAUCACACAGCUGACGAAGACCAAAACAACAAGUUAGGAAUCACGAGGCCGAAACCCAGCUGACCUGGUGGGAACUCACCGAUCGUUUGCAUGUUUCAAAAAUCUUCUUAAUGGCUGAAUGCUUAGUCACUGUUGUGGAGAUACUGGGACUGAGUCACGGGGAGGGUCCAAGUAAAUCAUAGGGCGCCUUUCUCACAAAAACAACACGGGAACACAUUGUAGCCUUUCCAAGCGUACCUCACUGACACACUUUAAACGUGCAUGAGACGAAUGUUAAGUGCGGCACUGAAAGCCCUCCCCCCCCCCUCCCAUCCCGACUUGGCACGCUCCCCGCUGCCUUCCGAAGAGGUCCGGGAAGCUCUGAGGCGUAAACAAGGCGGCCGGUGCAGAGGAGACACCAAACCUCCCGCUGGUGGUGGCAGCUGGAUCGGAGAGGACAGCCGUCGCGUCUCACUAAUGACGGUCUGACGACUCCGCCUCUGCAGGCCCCUGCAGGCCCCUGCAGGCCCCUGCAGGCCCCUGCAGGCCCCUGGGGUUAGCGCAGUUGUCAUGGAGAUGGUUUUGUUACCUCAUACAUACACAUAUAUACAUAUUUUUCUGAAAGCUUUUACAUCACAACGCUGAGGCGAAUAUUCUGAGCUAAUAGGGCUGAGAAUUACAGCACUCUCUCCCCUCUCCUCCCCCGGCUCCCUCCCUUUCCUGCUGGCCUCUCAGCAGAGGAUGUGUGUCAGGGAGAGAGAGAGAGAGCAGUCAGUAGAAUGGAUCUGUGGCCUCUCUCCUCCACGCCGCCGCCUUCUCCUCGCUCUCAUUUGCGUCCCUCGCCCUCAGUGCCUCGGGGGAGAAGGCAGUUGUCGGAGGACCAAACUCAAUGUCUGCCGGGGACCACGAGAAUGGAGGAGACCAACCAGAAGAAGCGGCGGCGGCGGCGGCGGCGGCGGCGGCGGCGGUGUGGCCGGAGGUGGAGCGGGCCGAGUCUCUGGCCCGCGGGGCGGCGCUGAAGUGGGCCUCGGGGGUCUUCUGCCGGCCUGAGCACCUGGAGCGACUGGGCCAAUACAGGAAGAGGGAGAGUCAGAGGACCUCCUCCGUUCACGCCAGGCUAAAGUCCAUGGUGCAGUCGUACCUGGAGGGGGUGGGCUGGGGCCUGCAGCAGCUGCGGGAGGCCCGGUUGGAGCUGAGGGACGCGUCCCACGCCCUGAAGAAAGCGGGGCUGGAGUCCAGUCGCAACGCCGGGGCGGCGGAGACCCUGGAGGGGCUGAGGGAAGUGUCCGUCGGCCACCGCCAGCUGCUCGCCGCCGUCAGCAACCUGCCGCGCCUCUACUCCGUGCGGGGCAUGGUGUUGGAGACGGAGCGCCUGGUGGAGUCCCGGCGGCUCCUGGAGGCCCACGCCCGUCUGAUGGAUCUGGAGCGCUGGCGGGGCGACGUCCUGCGGCAGCUCCCCGGCGGGGCGGAGGGGAGCGCGCUCAGCGCGGGCGACCGGGAGCUGGUGGCCGGAUACUUCUCCGGCGUCGGGCGGCUGGUGGACGCCCUGGGCAAGGAGCUGUGGGCGGUGGUGAGCGGCGCCCUGGCUUCGGCCCGCCAGAACCCCACGCCGUUCGUCUCCGCGGUGAGGAUCGUGGAGCGGGAGGAGGCCCUGGACCGCGCCGCGCUGGAGGAGCGCGGGGGCCCCACCGACCCCGGCGGGCCGCCGCCGGGACGCCCCCGCCGCUGGAGGGCGCGCUUCUUCCAGGUGCUGGAGGAGGCGGUCUCGUCGCGUCUCCGCAGCGUUUCCUACCUGCACGCGCGCGGCCCGGGCCUGGCGGGCCACCUGGCGGCCCUGCAGCACGGCGUCAUGGCCGACCUGGCCACCGUGCGCCACCUGCUGGAGCACUGCGUGCCGCCGCACUACCGGCUGACGGGGGCCUACCUGAGGGCCGGCCACCGCUGGCUGCAGGCUCACCUGCUGCAGGUCAGCGGCUGGGACCUGGAGAGCGGGGAGAUCUUUGCUGUGCUCAACUGGGUGCUGCACAUCUACAACGGCCCGGACAUGAUGGGCGACCCAGAGCUGGUGGCUGAGAUGCAGGACCUGGAACUGGGGCCUCUGGUCUCCGCCGGGGGACUGGAGCAGUUGCAGAACAAAUACGUGCAGAGCGUUCGGAAGAGUGUGUCGCAGUGGAUGCACAAAGCCCUCCAAGUGGAGUUGCAAGACUGGCAGAGGGACCAGGAACCAGAUACAGACCAUGAAGGUUUCUACCACACUAGCUUGCCCACCAUCAUCACACAGAUGCUGGAGGAGAACGCCCGGGUGGCCCGGAUGAUCGGGGAGCACCUGCGCGAUCAGACCAUACGGAUGGGACUGCAUGAGAUGGAGAACCUCCUGAACAGGUUUCGAGAAGCUCUGGUGGAAUUUGGGAAGGAGCACCGCAGGGAUCCGAGCAACAAGAACAAGUUCUACCUCCACUAUCUGCUGGCCUCCAUCAGCAACUGCAUCAUCCUCAAAAACUCCACAGAGCGUCUGCAGAAGCAGCAGUCGUCCUGCUCGGCGGGAGCUUUCUCCCGGACCCCUCCCAACCCCCUGGCAGCUCUGGACCGGGCCGUGAGACGGGCGUGUCGCCUGGCGAUGGACCAGCUCCUGCUGGACCUCCAGCCCUUCCUCCCGGGCCUCCUGACCCGAUCCUGGCUGGUCCGGGGAGACCCCACCCCCAAGCUGUGCCACGUCCUGGAGCGCCACGUGGAGAUGCACGGCCGCGUGCGGCCGCCCUGCAGACAGCGCCUGCAGGAGGAGGCCCAGUGGCUCACGGUGGUGGAGUACGUCCGGGCCCUCAUGCAGAAGAGGCUGGUGUGUCGCAGCGCCGAGGAGAGGGGGCAGCUCGCCCGGCAGAUGGUCCAGGACGACGCGCGGUUCAGGGAAGUCCUCCACGGCCUGGAGGGCGAAGGCUCGGUUCCUGAGGUGAACCCUUUGUUCCUGCUACCCGUCCUCGCCGACUUCAUCCGACUGAAAGACCCCAGCAUGCUCACUCUGGAAGUCUCUGGACUCGCGGCCAAGUACCCCGACAUCAGCGAAGAGCACGUGUCUGUGCUGCUGGACAUCCGUGGUGAUGUCUCCAGGGACAUCAGGGGGGCGGUGCUGGACCUGUUGGAGCAGAGCGCCCCGCCUCCGCCCGCGGGGUACCGGCCCAUCUUCACCGACAUCCUGGUGCCGCCCUCCACCAUGGCCUUCUGCCUGCCCACCGCCAAGUGUGUGUGACGCUGCCUCCACCUGUGUCCCAGCGAAGUCCAUUGCUCGGGGACAAAGGGACAAAGAUCAGGACCCGUCCUGCUCCCCCUCCCCCCCGUGGCGUGACAUCCGAGGUAAGCAGGUGGGGAAGCGGACCGGCAUCUACCUGUUUAAUCUGCACGGCUCCAUGUUGCCGCUUAAUCGUCUCACAUGACACACAAACGGGACACAUUCAAUGAGGAACUUGUGACGCUUACUGAGAGAAGAUCAUAAACUUGUUUUACGCAUUUAAUUUCAACUUGUAUUGCUGUUCAUAUUGGGCUUUUUAAUCUGUAUUUAUUGUAUUUAUGUAUUAUGUUUCUGCUGUUAUUGUUUGUUUUUUUAAAGCACGUUGUAAAGACAUAAAUAAAUAAAUGCUUUGUCAAGCAAACUUA